GAGAGAGAGAGAGAGAGAGAGAGAGAGAGAGAGAGACUGUGGCUGGCGUGGAGCUCAACAUCAUCACUCGUUAUAACGGCUUAAUCAUUCCUCGCCGUGGACGCCCGACACAAGCGCGGUAACCUCAACACCCGAAACGCUUCAUUAGACACGAGAAACAAACACAUACUUACAGAACGCCACUUUUUCGGUUGUGUUGUUACAUUUUGUGUGGAUUUUAAGUGUGAAGCGGUGAAGUCAAUCCCAGCGGAUCAACAGCUCCCGUCACAUCUCAGGACAAACUUCACCGGACACACUUUAACAAGCGCAAUGAAGUACAGCUACUGGAAUCUUUGAAUUGAGUGGAGGAAGUCAAGUCUGAAAAAAGUCAGAAGAAAGUCUGGUUUGAAGAAGUGUGUGAAGAAAAGCAGAGGGACAAAAGAAUAAAGUUCAUUGGUGAAAGAGAGAGAAGAAAAGACGGGGAAAAUGGGGAGAAAAAAGAUUCAGAUUACUCGGAUUAUGGAUGAACGCAAUAGACAGGUGACGUUCACAAAGAGAAAGUUUGGUCUGAUGAAGAAAGCCUAUGAGCUGAGCGUGUUGUGUGACUGUGAGAUUGCCCUCAUCAUCUUCAACAGUACCAACAAGCUGUUCCAGUAUGCCAGCACAGAUAUGGACAAAGUGUUGCUUAAAUACACCGAGUACAAUGAGCCUCACGAGAGCAGGACCAACUCUGACAUUGUGGAGACCUUGAGAAAAAAGGGUCUCAAUGGUUGUGACAGCCCUGACCCCGACGCAGAUGACUCAGUGGGCCACAGCCCAGAGUCUGAGGACAAGUACCGUAAAAUCAACGACGAUAUAGAUCUGCAUAUGAUCAGCAGACAGAGGCUGUGUGCAUUGAACAAGAAGGAGAACAAAGGAGGCGAGAGCCCGGAGCUCGAGUCAGUUCUCGCGCUUACUCCGUGCACCGAAGAGAAAUACAAACAGAUUAACAAAGAGUUUGAUUUUAUGAUCAAGACUCAAAAGAUACCUGCUGUCCCCCCUUCCAACUAUGAAAUGCCCAUUCCCGUGAAUAACCAGAUCUACCCUGGCAACCAUAACUUGCUUCCCUUGGCCCAUCAUGGGCUACAGAGAAACAACAUGUCACCUGGAGUCACACACAGACCUCCUAGUGCAGGUCUGAUGGGAGCUGAUCUCUCCACUGGCGCGGGCACCAGUGCUGGAAACGGCUAUGGAAACCAUCGCAACUCUCCUGGACUUCUGGUGUCCUCUGGAGGCAUGAACAAGACCAUGCAGGCCAAAUCUCCUCCACCCGUAAACCUUGGGAUGAACAGUCGUAAGCCUGACCUGCGAGUGCUCAUCCCACCAGGAGCCAAGAACAACAUGGCUUCUAUUAACCAGAGAAUAAACAAUUCUCAGUCUGCGCAGUCACUGGCUACCCCCGUGGUUUCGAUAGCGACACCUACUUUACCUGGGCAGGGAAUGGGUGGUUACCCAUCGGCCAUUUCCACUUCAUAUGGUACUGAAUAUUCUCUGAGCAGUGCAGAUCUUUCCUCUAUAUCUGGCUUUAACAGUGCCAACACUCUGCAUCUGGGUUCAAUGAGUGGAUGGCAACAACAUCAGAUCCAGAACAUGCAGCACUCUGCUCUCAGUCAGCUCGGAAAUUGCUCUAGCACUCACUUAUGUCAGGGUUCAAAUCUGUCCCUGCCUUCUACUCAAAGCCUGCACAUCAAGUCCGAACCUGUUUCUCCUCCUAGAGAUCACUCGAGCAGCACCACGCCUAUCGGCUAUGGCCCUCUGCCAUCCCACCCGCAGCACCAGGGGCAGCACCCGCAGGGGCGACAGGACUCGGGCCGUUCCCCCGCCGACAGCCUCAGCAGUUGUGGGAGCUCACACGAGGGCAGCGAUCGCGACGAGCACCGUCCGGACUUCCAUUCGCCCUUGGGUUUGGGCCGGCCUGGCCUGGAUGAGCAAGACAGCCCGUCCAUCAAGCGGGUCCGCCUCUCAGAGGGGUGGGCCACAUGAUCAGCGACGUCCAUUGGACAUUUCCUUCAUCGAUCUUGACCUUCCCCGCGCUUAGCAACGUGGUUCCACAUCCCUCACACAGUCCUACUCUCUCUCUGCUUUUUAUGACGAGUCACAAUCAUUACCCUCCCUUACUCCUUGUUUUGUUGUGGAGGGGAGGAAGUGCUCUCUAAAUUACCUGUAACUUUUUAUCAGAGUUUGUCUGAUCUACAUAUUGUGAUUGACGGGUCUUAGGGAGGGGAAAGGGAAGGUGGAUUAGUGCAACAGGGUUGGGGAGGGUUUAGUGGGCAGGGUAACUAUGCAUAACUUGUGCAUUGUGUGAAAAGAAUUGCCAUAUAUGCAUAUAUAUUUACACGUGUGUAGGUGUACAUGUAUGCAGAGUAACAAACCAACAAAAAGUGUCAGGUACUCUUUGUAUUUUUCUUCUUCUUUUUUGUAUAAGUAUUUAAACUUGCCUCAAUAACAUUUGGGACACAAGAUUGCAGAGGUGAAAAGUUAGCACUUGACUAAUAUAAUGUGUACAGAUUCCAAUUUUUGUGCCACUCUCUAGAGGGCCCCUUCGCUAAAUGUACAGUAUGUUUUGGGUGACAAUGCCAUGUUGCAGGUUCAACGUAUUGUACAUAGAGAAAAGGCAGGGAUAAAGGGGGCAGGGUUAAGGUUGAUAAGUAUUGGUGAUUUCACAAAAACAAACAGUUAUGCAAGAAUUUUAAUGGACUGUACAGAUUUAUGUGCAGAAUCCUGAGUUUUGUUAGGAAGGAGCAAAAUAUUUCAGGCCCUCCAAUGAAACUAGCCCACUGACGAAAGGAUAGAAACAAAAGCAAGACUGAGUGAAGCUGAGUGGAUGAUGGACUAUAAUGUAAGAGCCAUGUUAAUUCUGAUGAAAUUUAAAAUCUAGGACUUGCGUUUAUUGUUCAGUAUUAAAAUAUUGUAUGUUACACUUGCUUAUAUUUUCAUAUCAAAAGGAAUACAAUGCAAAGCAUUUUUGUGGCUUUUGUAGUUUAUAAGGGCCAGGAUGUGUUUUGAUAGCUUUGCUUAUAUGAGAAAUGACAGCAGAAGGAACGAGGAACCUUGGGCUUUAAAUCCCUAAGCCAAGAAAUCUGAGACAGUGAACUCUUGCUUUGCUCAAUGUUUUUUUCUCUCUCUUUGUAAAAGUUUUGUUUUUAAAAGUGUAUUUCUAAGUAUUGAAUAAUAAUAUUAAGACUCUUUUUAAAAUCUGUGAAAUUAACAUGCUUGUGUAUAGCUUUCUAAUAUAUGAAUAUAUAUGAUAAAAUUUAUGGUUAUAACUUUUUCCCUAUUGUGGGGUUAUGUGCAGUUGCACAUUGUUACUUAUUGUAUUGUUUUUUUCCACCGGAUUGAGUCAGCGUGAGCACUUCUUUGUUGCCCAACUACCCUAAUAUUUUGGACCUUUAUUAAUAACCGUCUAUAAUCAAAGCGUCUUUGCGUCCUUUGAAAAGCGCUAUAUAAGACUUAUGUAUUAUUAUUAUAAGCACACAAUCACUGCUUUACAGUGGAAGAUUCGCAAACAAUGAUUUACAUUGUCACGUUAAUCAACAUUGCACUGAACCGUUAAUAUAUAUGACAGAACAGUCAUAGAUACCUCAUGACUGCUUGUAUAAGCUUAUAUCAUCAAGUGGAUCUGUUUUUCUACCAAAGACAAAACAUUUGCAGAUUUUUAGUCCUUUCUGGAUUCAAGACCAUUGUGUUUGCUCACAACUUCAUGCUAGUGGCUGGUACCUCCGACUCACCCUCCCAAAGCCUCAGAUUACAUUUCACUGAAAUGGUCUUGUUGAGAAUUUGGGAUUGUUCUCCCCUAAGUGUACAGUAAUGUGUGAAUUGCCAUAUUUGUUAUAUACUGUAUAUUGUCCAUUUAUGACUCUCCGGUUAAUUUUCUAUCAUUAUUUUGUAUCAUUUUCUUUGUUUUCUCUUUCUUUGAGUGUUGUUUCCAUAAAGUAUAUACAUAAAAAAAAUAAUAAAAUAAUAAAUGCUGAAAAAUUCUGUAGUAACAAAUGUAGCUUGUACAAACCUACAAUGGGUAAGAUUGAAGGAGUGUUUUUGCUUUGUUUUUUAAGAAAGAGGCUUUCAGCGGCACAAGCUGGACUUUGUCGCAACUUGAAGACAGAUGUCAUUAAAUUAAACACAUCUCUGUAUCUCAAGGGACUUGAUUCAGUAUGUAGUAAAAAUCAAUGUAUGGGUUAAAAAUUGUUUUUCCUGCUGGGACUAAAAAAGUUAUUUGUAUUUUGCAGAGAAUUCAGUAAAGUCACUGGCUUUCUUAGUUACACAGAA